UAGACGUACGGAAAAGUUUUUAUUCGUGCGGCAAGCGGAAGCAAUCAUUGUUGUUGUUGCUGUGUAUUAAGUGUUAAUUUUAAUACAAAAGGUGAUACUCAAUUGGCGAUCAUUUGGAAUCGAUUUUUGAACCAAAUUGUUUACCCGAAAAUUUCCAACAAAAGCAAAAUGUUUAAAGUCUUUUGCUUUGUCGCUCUCAUGCAAACGGCAUUGAUCGCACAGGCCGCGGCGCCCGAAUAUAUCCGACAAUGUCGUCGCGAUGAUCCCAAGCUCGUGGAAUGCUUCAUGAAGUCUCUGGAGCAUCUGAAGCCCUAUCUGGCCAAAGGCAUACCCGAAAUACAGCUGAACUCCGUGGAGCCUUUCAAAAUGGACUCGCUGGCAUUGCAGCUUACGGAUGGUCCGCAGGGCUAUAAAAUAACACUGAAGAAUAUUGAAGCUUUUGGCGCCAGCAAUUUCCAGGUGAAGUCCAUGACACUGAGCGAGAACGGUGAGCCCUUCAAGGCGCGCAUUAUAAUGCCAAAACUGAAGAUCGAGGCCAAGUAUACGAGCUCGGGUGUGCUGCUGAUUAUACCCGCCUCUGGUGGCGGCGAUUUCCAUGCCAUGUUCGAGGAGGUUACGGCCGAUCUGACGGGCAAGGUAUCGACACAUCCCGGCAAGAAUGGCCCCGGCACCUAUUUGCACAUUGACUCCCUCAGUCUGGUGCUGGAUGUGAAAAAGGUCGAGAUGAGCAUUUCGCGCGCCUUCAACAACAACCGUGUAUUGCUCGAGGCCACAAAUCUGUUCCUGCGCGAGAAUUCGAUGGUGGUGCUGGAGGCUAUGCAGGCACAGCUCCAGAAGAAACUGGCGAGCGAGUUUGGCAAACUGGCCAAUCAAUUGCUGAAGAAUGUUCCUACCGAGCAGUUCUACGAGAAUUAAUCGUGUAUUCUAAAUUUAUGUAAGCAUAGGAUUCCUUAUUUAAAUUGUAAAAUACUCGUUUACGUUUUGUAGCAUAUAAGCGCAAAAAAAAUUAAUAUCUUCCUAAUGAUCUGCA